AUGAGGCAAGUCUCCAUAAAUAUGCUGGCAGUAUGGAUCUCUGUGGCUGUUUUCGUCGCCGUCACCAUCAGUACUGCCGCAACUUGGUGGCUAGUGCGAUUCCUUUCCAUUCGACGCCUGAGAGCCACACGCCCGAUUUCUCAGGAUAUAGAUCGCCCCAACCAGCAACCGCCUGCCCGUGAUCUGUGGGCGCCUCAACCGCAAGUGUUUCAAGAAGCCGAGAAGCAACUCCUUACUGAUGCAUCGAUAACAUACCUUCUCAAACGCAUCAAAGAUUUGAAGUUCUAUACCAAUCGACUGGCCUCACAAGUACACCGGUGCGCAUGGAAGUCGACUACCUAUCAUCCAACUCGAGUUGAAGAAUUUCUCCGUCAGCAGUGUUAUCCAACCGAAGAACACACUCCAAUCCUCAAGUACUUGAAACACAUUUAUGGUUCUGAUACCCCCCGGACUCGAAUACUUUCCCUAGAAGGACUCAUAUAUCGAUUGCUUAUCACGAACAUUGAACUGCGCGGCUCUCCCAUUUGGACUCUAUUAUGCCCCGAAUACAUUGCACUCGCACACGUGUUAGAUCAGACUUCUCUUGACUCGUUCAAGACAUGGGGUUGGGAGAAAACAAGGGUAUAUCUCGUGAAUAUGCUAUGGCCAACGUACACUCGAUGCGAUACUCUUCUUGCAGAUUUAGGCGAAGCACCACCAAGCAAAGAUGCUAUCGAGAAAUUGAAGAGUUUCAUCGUGGAUUUACUUCGUGAUCAGGUCGAGCUUGACGAUGUGUCAAGAGAGACGCUACACAGAUGCUGCCAUCUGGCAUCUCUUAUAGGCUUGGCAAUACACAAGGAUUUGAGGAGAUGGUGCUGGAGUUAUAAUCACGUAGGCGUUAUGGAAGGGCCGUUCCCAUUGCAACGAAUCUCGAAGAAUGAUCGUCCGGAUGAUAUUCGAUCAGUUCAAGAGUGUUGUUGGGCUUAA